UUAAUAAACAAUAUCGGAAUAUAUAAAAUUGAUAGAAAAACUAACAAGUAUUUGCUUGAAAAUCGUGUUUAAGUUUUUAUGUAUUUUUUUUUAUUUUUACAAAUUUUUCAUAACCCCACUUAAAUAAUAAUUUUUUCUCUUUUUUUUAACUCGAAAGUAAUAAAUUUUUUUAUAACAAAAAAAAAAAAUAAAAAAAGAAAACAAGUAAAAAAAAUAAGUGCCAUUAAAAUGCACACAUUUAGUGAUACAGGAGCUGGAGUUCCUGCCUUUUUGGCUAAACUUUGGAGACUCGUCGAAGAUCCUGAGACGAAUAAUUUAAUUUGUUGGAGUAAGGAUGGUCGAAGCUUCAUCAUUCAAAAUCAGGCUCAAUUUGCUCGCGAACUGCUACCGCUCAAUUAUAAGCACAACAAUAUGGCAAGCUUCAUUCGUCAACUUAAUAUGUAUGGAUUUCAUAAGAUUACUUCAAUUGACAAUGGUGGCUUGAAAUUCGAUCGUGAUGACAUGGAAUUCUCACAUCCAUGUUUCAAACGCAAUUGUCCAUAUCUUUUGGAGCAUAUUAAGCGAAAAAUUGCAAAUACCAAAUCAAUUGACGAAAAGGCAACUGUCAAACCUGAAGCCGUUAGCAAGGUAUUGAAUGAUGUCAAGGCAAUGCGCGGACGUCAGGAUUCGUUAGAUUCUAGAUUUUCGGUAAUGAAACAAGAAAACGAAGCUCUAUGGCGUGAAAUUGCAUCACUUCGACAAAAACAUGCUAAACAACAACAAAUUGUUAACAAGCUCAUUCAAUUCCUAAUUACAAUUGUACAACCAUCAAGAAACAAUAUGACCAGUGUCAAACGUCAUAUGCAAUUAAUGAUCAACGAUACCCCAGAACAAGCUAAACUAAGGAAGGCAAGUGAAUCUGGAUCAGAAUGUGGACCUGUAAUUCAUGAACUUGGCGAAGAGCUUUUUGACGAAGCAAAUGCUGAAAAUGAUUCUGAUUUAGAUGCUCCAAUGAGCCCAUAUGCAAAUUUGCCAUCAGUUGGUUCCAGUCACAAUGACAACGAUAGUCCUGUACCAAAAAUUGAGCGUCCUCAAUCCAAUGGCAGCAUCAACAGUCAUCUAUUCGAAUACUCGAAUCAAAGUGCAGAUGAUGCUCAGGCAGCGGCCGCCCCCGGAAACAUUACACCAGGAAGAUCAGGAGCUGUUAUUAACACAGUCAACCCAGACGGAUCUCAAAUCGUUUAUCAUGUAACUGAAGUCGCUGAUAGUGCACCACAAACUCCUGAGUCAGUUAUAAAUGAUGAUAACCAUCUCACUACACCCAUGGUAAAGGAAAUGAAUCGCAACAAAAUGUCUCAAAUGAAGAACAAAGCAAAUAAACGCAAAAUGGGUGCUGUUUCUUCAACAAUAACAACCUCUACAUCGACAUCUUCAAGUCCUGCAACUAAAAUGCUACGAUCUUCUGGAAAUGGAACUGAACAAAUGCUAAUUAAAACAGAAAAAACUGAUGUUGAUCCAAUGACAUUCUGGAAUGCAUUGAAUAAUGAUAAUACAACAGGAACACCGGAACCUCUUGCAAGUUCAAGUAACAGCACACUUAAUUUGAAUGUUACUUUGGAUCCUCGUUUAUUAUCACCAAUGAAUGAUCAGAAUUUACAAUCUGCUGCAAAAAUGUCAAAUGAUGCGGCAGAUAUGUAUAAUGCAGAUAACUUUAUUGCAUCCGAUAUGCCAUCUCAACUUUUUGAAGAUUCACCCAUAAUUGAUGACACAAGCCUUGUGAGUGGUGGCAGCUAUAAUCCUAAAUUUGAUUUUCGACAAAAUCCUUCCUCGUCUGGUGGUCUACAACAGAAGCAGUUGCAAUCGCUUGGAAAGUUUGCUGACUACAAUAACCAGGCACUUUCAUCAACAUCAAAAAAUAAUUCAAAACUUCAAUUGUCCAAAGUGAACAAUAGCAACAAUAUUCUUAAUAGCAACGAUAUGCGUGAGGAAGUUUCUAUGCACUUGGAUACUGUUCAAGAUGAUUUGGAUACACUCAAAGAUUUACUACGAACCGAUUCAUAUUCUCUUGAUGCAAAUACUUUGUUGGGAAAUGGAACACCUCCAGCUGGGCGAAUUUAUUUACCUCCUCAACUGGAAGCUGAUAUUUUCAAUAAGCUCUUCAACGAUUCUGAUAUUUUGGGAUCAUAUGGACUAGGAAUGGUACCUGACAACAAUCAACAAGAUAAAAAAGGUUCUGAACUAAUGACUUACCAGCCAAUUUAUGAUCUUAGCGACAUAAUGGAUAUAAAUAACCAAGAUAAAGAGGAUGCAAAUACCAAUGGCAACAACAACCCAAAACCAUUAUCUCCUACCAGUUCGGUUUUAAACACACCCUAUCACGAAUGAGUACAAAUUUUCAUACUCAGUAUCUUUUGAUUGGUGUGUGAUUGCGUUGUAAGAAUGUCAUAUUUGUCGUUUGGUGCGAACUAUCUUGAGUUUUGAUACAAAUGGGAUUAACUUAUAACCUCUCUUCCGAAUGGCAUAGUUGAGUAGUACUUUGUUGUUUUUUUUUUUUUACAUUGUUUUGUAAUAUAUUGUUCUCUAACAAAAAAAGAAUCAAAAACAAAAUAUAAUCAUGACUGAUUGACUUAGUCUUAAAAUAUUCACUGGUACUUUGAACAAAAAAAAAAAAAUUAAUUAAAAAAAAAAGAGAAUAAUAAAUUAUAUUUAUUUUUAAUACUAGUAUGUUACACUUAUGGUUAGGAAGUUUACCUAAAAUAACUUUAUAAUAAAUAAUCUAAUUGUUAUGUUUUUCUUAAUUUCAAAAAAAUAUACCUACAAAUAUAUUUAAACAAAAUUACAUUUUUAACAUUUAAUCGAAGCAAAAAUGAAAUUAAAUUUUUAUUAUUUUAAGCAAUUGAAGGAUUCAGAAUGGUAAUAAAUCAAUUCUUCUAAAUUAAAUUUUAAAACUCGAAGAAACCUGUAAAUUAGAAAAAAACUUAGGUACAGGGUUUACGGACUUUUCUUUAGUUAAAAAAAAAAAAUUUAAGAGAUUGGCGUAAACUUCUAGAAUUACAAUUCUUAAACCUUCAAUAUAAACCAUUACUAUUCUGAUCUCAAAAUUGUGUACAAAGAUAUGAAAUACUAUUUAACAAUUAUUUAACUACAAUCACCCAUACGCGCAUUCUAUGAAAAAUUGUGAAAUGUUGUGGAUGUCCAAAUAACUACGACUGACAUGUAAAUGUAUGCGGCAUAACUUACAAAAUUAACCAAUGACCUGGUUAAUUUUAAUUAUUAAAAUAAUGUCUUAAAAAUUUUACAUUUAAUAAAGGUAAUCAAAUCAUUAAAAAAAAGAAAGCUUUAAAACCUAGGACCAUGAAAUAUGUGGCUGAGGGAUACUUAACCGAUAUUGAAUCCUAGCGUUCAAUAUAUUGAAUUCACAAAAAUUCAUUAUGCCAAAUUAUAUUGAACUUGGUCUAAAGGUAAAGUAUCAACCCAGCUUGCUUUAGAUUCUUGUCUAAUUGUUCUACGAUAUGGCGAAAAAUUUCCCUAUCUCCAUGACAAUCUCAUAUCAACUUAACCAAUUUGAACACAGUUUGUGUGUUUCACGAGGAAAUCCCUCCUACAUCCCUCAUUAUACGAAAUUAUUCUAUUCAGUUAGAAAAAUUUGAAAGGCUUGGAGCUCCCAAACUUUUUUCAGUUUUUCUAUCGGCCCAUAAUUAAACAAAUACAUUUAACAAAAAAAAAAACAAAUUUAAUUUUUAAACAAAUGGUUUAGCUGGAAAUUAGACAGCUUCACCACACUCAUAAACACGUUCAUUUAUAAAAUGACAAAAAAAGCAAUUCCAAAAAAAAAAAGUUUUUAUGGAAAUCUACUUUAUGAAAGUAACAGUGAUAUGCUCUUACUCGUUUUUUUUUU